UAAUACGACUGAAAUUUGGAUUUCAGGGCAAGAUCCACGACUGCCUACCGCCUGCCGCCGCUAAGACUCCUGUCCGGGAUCACUGCAACGGGCUCGUUCUACUCCACAACGACUACGUCGUGAACCCCGCGACACGGUGGGCGGUGCUCUUGCCUCCCUGCCCGGACCCGGGCACAACGACGGAGGCUGAUUUCUACAACAGGUACCUUGUUUAUGAUCCCACGGUAUCAACCCACUUUGAGGUGUUCAGAGUUCCUUCGGGUUUUCGUCCCAAGAGAGAGCCUGGAGAUGUCUACUACGACAGUUCUAUAGAUGAAUUAAACCAUGCGUUCGAGGAAUCAGAAUGGCCGCCAUCUUUGUAUACCAUGCAUGUCUACUCUUCAAGGUCAGGUCGCUGGGAGGAGCGGCCUUUUGUCCGAGAAGGAGACGCUGCAGGCACCGUCUCUGAUUCGCGGUUCUGUGGGAGGAAACGCUACGCUGUAUGCUGGCAAGGAGCACUUUACUUGGAUUGCGAAAAUCAUUUUCUUAGGAUGUCCUUGUCAAAUAGUAAAUACCAAGUAAUUAAAUCAACAAUUGGACUUGGAGCACGGAUAAUGUAUCAACAAAGAUAUCUAGGAAAAUCAGAGAAGGGAGUGUACUAUGCAUCCGUAGAUGAUAGUUUGCUCAGGGUUUGGUUCCUUACUGAAUCAUCUGGUCAGAUGGAGUGGGUGUUGAAGCUCAACAACCUUGACAUACGAAGUCUUUACUAUGACAGCCAAGCUCAUGGACCCUGGGUACUACAGGAUGUUAACUAUGAAUCUUAUUUUCCAGAUGACGAGAAGAAAGCACAAGUUGAAGAGAAUUUUGAAUGGAGCUCCGACAAUGAUGAUGCACUUAACAGUGCAAAUAGGCCGGUGAAGGAAUAUGGCCUAAGAGAAAUUAAAAUACUCGAGUUUCAUCUUCAUAAGGAAAUUAUUUUCUUCAGUGAUUCUGUGAAGACAGGAUACGCUUAUCAUUUAAAGAGCUCAAAGAUUCAAGCCUUGGGCAACAUAUACCCAACACGUUAUGAAGAUAUUGCAUUUCCAAUUGAACAUGAUAUACGAGGGUUUUUUCCAUACACGCCCUGUUAGAUUUAGACGGCCGCCUAGGAAAUUUAGCAUAUAUUCAU